CUCCAUUUUGUGCACUUUUCUUCCUCAAAUUUGUCAUUGUCAAAUGUCAUGCUUUGACUUUAUUUACGCUUAUGUUUUACUAUUAAAACCCCAAUUCAUUCAUUUAUAAUUUGGCCUAGAGCAUAAUUCGCUACUUAUCUGGGAGAUUAGUGAUUCAACCAUCAUUCCUAAUCGUAUGAUUAAUUUUUUUAAAGAAUGUCUCCGCUAUGAAUCAUGUCCAAACAUUCUGACUUGGUUCCUGCUAGAUUUUUGAUUUUGAUUGCCCAUUUUUCGAUUUGUGUGUGUUCAUUAUGGAACAACGAGGAGAGUCUCAAGUCCUGUUCGAUGGGCAGCCGAAUCGAAUCAAACCCCACCCAUCACCUUACCGAGACAUUUCGGUUGAACAGCCCGGAUGGACAAGGCUUCUAGUAUUGGCAGGAAUAGUUACAGUUUUGGGCUCUUCGUCCCCUGUGGGUUACAACAUCGGAGUAAUAAACACGCCCGGGUGGGUAAUCAAGCAGUUUUGCAAUGAAAGUCUCAUCGCGCGGUACAACUCCACCUUAACCAGCAGCCAACUGGACAUCAUGUGGUCUUCCAUUGUCUCAAUUUUCCUGAUUGGAGGAACGAUUGGCUCAUUAUCCGGGUCUUUACUGGCAGACCGGAUAGGGCGGAAGGGCGGCUUGGCAGUUUCCUCGGCACUGGGAGUAAUUUCCGGCCUAAUGUUCUGGAUAUCCAAAAGCGCCAACUCCUUCGAACUCCUUUUCGUUGGCAGGACUUUUGGUGGCUUAUCUGCAGGAUUAAUCACCACCAUCAUGCCGAUGUACUUAAUGGAGCUGGCGCCUCCGAAGCUCAAAGGAGCCGUCGGGGCUCUCUGCCCUUUUGGUAUAACGUUCGGGAUUUUAAUCGGGCAAAUAUUGUCAAUGUAUAAAAUACUAGGAAACGAAAGCUCUUGGCCUAGUUGUUUAGGCUUAUCCUCCAUCCUCCAAGCCGUAUGUGCCUUAGUCAUUCCGGUGCUUCCGGAAAGUCCUAAAUAUCUUUUUGUGAUUAAAAAGCAACCUUCUUUGGCCGUCAAAGAAUUGAAAAGAAUCAGGAACACCAAUGAAGAAUCACUGAGCGACGAAGUCGAAAUUCUUCGGCUGGAAGAUCAGGAGAAUAUCAGACAGGGUGAUACGUGGAAUAUUAAAAAAGUGUUGCAAACCAAGACGCUUCUGCUUCCAUUGCUUUUAGUGUGCGCUUUACAAGCCGGACAACAACUUAGUGGAGUUAAUGCUGUUUUCUAUUACUCUUCGGUAAUAUUCAAGCGAGCUGGUCUGUCCACUUCAAGCAGCGAAUUGGCUACGAUUGGGGCUGGUUGUUGCAACAUUUUCAUGGCCAUGAUGUCGGUCCAGACGAUGUUAUGGUUUAAAAGACGCACAAUCCUUCUGAUCAGCCUGGUCUUGUCCGAUCUGUUCCUGAUAACUUUGGGCAUAUCCAUCGGGUAUAUCGAAUCCUUCCACUGGAUGCCUUAUUUAUGCAUCGUAGGCGUGCUGGGAUAUGUAUUAGCCUACGGUUUGGGACUGGGACCAAUUCCCUACUUUAUUGGCUCGGAAUUGUUCGAAGUCGGACCCCGUUCCAGUGCGAUGGCUUUGGGAAGCAUGGCAAACUGGGCUGGAAACUUCGUGGUCGGAUUGACUUUUCCCAUUAUGGAAGCCCAUUUGGGUGCCUCUUCCUUUGUAAUUUUCGCCCUCGUUGUAAUCGUGCUGCUCUGUUUUGUAAAGAUUUACCUUCCAGAGACCAAGGGAAAAGACGCCUGCCAAAUUUCCCGCCUGGUGGAGCAGGGAUUGAAGUCCAGACCCUUGGCAAAAGUCGAUCGACUGAACGAAAACGGCAAUAUGGAGCUGAAGGUUUUAACAGAGAAAACUUACUUGUAACAGACUAAACUCAAAACAGGAGAAAUCAACAUUGUCUUCUUUUCGGGUGUUUUCUAUUUUUCUAUUUGGAGCCAAUUUGGCACAUCACAUAAUACUAAUGGAACAGUUUCACCUGCAAGAACUGUUCUUUUCCUAGUCGUGGGUUGUUUACGGUCCUCAGCACAAACUCCAUUUUUAUAUGUACGCUUGUCUAAGCCUGCAUGAGUGCAUCAACAGUGAGUAUCUGCACUUGACAAAAGAAACUUUAGUAGAAGUUAGAUUGGGGAAUUAGUUAGGUAGGUACUAACUAACUUAUAGUAGCGAACGGGUAUUGGUUACUUACUGCUAAAACUAUUUAAAGUUGUUGUCUUUUAUACUAAAAAUGUGUGUGGUUGUAAACUAUUUAGACCAUUAAACGAUUUUUAUAGUU